GCCCGGGAGGCCUGUGCGCCCUCGCACGGACAGGGCCUCUGGAGUCCCCUGGCUUCCCACGGGGGCGGUGUCCGGCCCCAGCUUCGCGUCCCCACCCCCUGGGUCCCGUGGGUGCCGCCCUCGCUCGGGUUGCGCUGAAGCCCCGCCUGCGCGAGGAAGGUAGGCGCCACCUUCCCCGGGAGCGGCCGCCAAGCGAGAGGCCGCGCGCUCCGCCCCCCGCAAGUACUGUCCUGCGCCGCGGCAGCCCGCACUCGGGGCUCCCCGUGCUGCCCGCUCGCCAGUGCCCCGCCGCCCGCACCCCGCCAUGAACUCGCUCUUCAGGAGGAGAAACAAGGGCAAAUACAGCCCCACGGUGCAAACCCGCAGCAUUUCCAACAAGGAGCUCUCGGAGCUGAUUGAGCAGCUGCAGAAGAAUGCGGACCAGGUGGAGAGGAACAUCGUGGACACCGAGGCCAAGAUGCAAAGUGACGUGGCCCGGCUGCAGGAGGGCCAGCAGCCUGAGCACCAGGACGUGGCCUUGCAGAAGGUGUCAGACUCCGAGAAGCUGCUGUACAUCCUGGAGGCAGACGCGGCCGUCGCCAAGCACAUGAAGCACCCACAGGGGGACAUGAUUGCAGAGGACAUCCGCCAGCUGAAGGAGCGUGUGGCCAACCUCCGUGGGAAACACAAGCAGGUCUACAGCCUGGUGGCGAAGGAGGUCAGCCCACAGGUCAACUGGGCAGCGCUGGUGGAGGAGAAGCUGGACAAGCUGAGCAGCCAAAGGUUCGGGACAGACCUGCCGCUGGUGGACAGCCAGGUGGAGCAGCACAACAUCUUCCACAAUGAGGUCAAGGCCAUCGGGCCCCACGUGACCAAGAACGGGGACAAGGAGCAGGACAGCGAGCUGCAGGCCAAGUACCAGAAACUGCUGGCAGCAUCCCAGGCCCGACAGCAGCACUUGAGCUCACUGCAGGAUUACAUGCAACGCUGCACCAACGAGCUGUACUGGCUGGACCAGCAGGCCAAGGGCCGCAUGCAGUAUGACUGGAGCGACUGUAACCUUGACUACCCCAGCCGCCGGCGCCAGUACGAGAAUUUCAUCCAUCGGAACCUGGAAGCCAAAGAAGAGAGGAUCAACAAGCUGCACAAUGAGGGUGACCAGCUGCUGGUGGCUGAGCACCCUGGGAGGAACGCCAUUGAGGCACACAUGGAGGCCGUGCAUGCGGACUGGAAGGAGUACCUGAACCUGCUCAUCUGUGAGGAGAGCCACCUGAAGUUCAUGGAGGACUACCACCAGUUCCACAGAGAUGUGAAGGAUGCCCAGGAGUUGCUGCACAAAGUGGACUCGGACCUGAACCAAAAAUACAGCCCUGACUUCAAAGACCGGUACCAGAUAGAGCUGCUGCUGCGGGAACUGGACGACCAGGAGAAGGCACUGGACAAGUACGAGGAUGUGGUGCGGGGGCUGCAGAAGCGCGGGCAGCAGGUGGUGCCACUCAAGUACCGCCGGGAGACGCCCCUCAAGCCCAUUCCUGUGGAGGCGCUCUGUGACUUUGAGGGUGACCAGGGCCCCAUCUCUCGAGGCUACAGCUACACCCUUCAGAAGAACAAUGGGGAGACCUGGGAGCUUACAGACAGCACUGGGAACAAACUGACGGCCCCGGCCGUUUGCUUCAUGAUCCCCCCUACGGACCCUGAGGCCCUGGCUCUGGUGGACAGCCUGGGCAGCCAGUACCGGAGUGUGCGGCAGAAGGCAGCCGGGAGCAAGCGCAUGCUGCAGCAGCGGCACGAGGUGCUGAAGGCAGACAGCCGUGGGGAUGCCUCUGACCUGCAGGGGCGGCAGCUGUUGGCUGGCUUGGACAAGGUGGCCAGCGACCUAGACCGACAGGAGAAGGCCAUCACAGGAAUCCUGCGGCCACCACUGGAGCAGGGCCGGGCCGUGCAGGACAGUGCUGAGCGGGCCAAGGACCUGAAGAACAUCACCAACGAGCUGCUGCGGAUAGAGCCCGAGAAGGUGCGGAGCACAGCCGAGUGCGAGGCCUUUGUCCAGGCCCUCCCGGGCAGCGGCACUGCACCCUUGCUGAGGACCCGGGUGGAGGACACCAACCGGAAAUAUGAGCACCUCACGCAGCUGCUGGAUUUGGCCCAGGAGAAGAUUGAUGUGGCCAACCGACUGGAGAAGAGUCUGCAGCAGGGCCGGGAGCUCCUGGCCUCCCAUGAGAACCGGCUGACCCAGGAUGACACAGUGCCUGAGAACAGCUCUGUCUUGGAUGGCAAGAGGCAGGAGCUAGAGGCCAUGGCUUCUGAGCUGCAGGCCCAGAAGUUCCUCCUGGGUGAGGUAGAACAGAACCUGCAGGCUGCGAAGCAGUGCUCAAACACGUUGGCCAGCCGCUUCCAGGAGCACUGCCCCGACCUGGAGCGCCAGGAAACAGAGGUGCACAAGCUUGGCCAGAGGUUCGACAACCUGCGCCAGCAGCUGGAGCGCAGGGCCCAGAGCCUGCAGAGUGCCAGGGACGCUUAUGAUGAGUACCGCUGUGGCUAUGACCAUAUGCUCCAGUUCCUGUCCAGCAUCCCCAGCUAUGAGCCCCAGGAGACGGACAGCCUCAGCCAGGUGGAGACAAAGCUGAAGAACCAGAAGAAUCUGCUAGAUGAGAUAGCAAACAGGGAACAGGAAGUCCAGAAGGUCUAUGCCAGUUCCCAGCAGUACCAGCAAGCUGUAAAGGACUAUGAGUUAGAAGCAGAGAAACUCAGGUCCCUUCUUGACCUGGAGAAUGGAAGGAACAGCCAUAUGAGCAAGAGAGCCAGACUGCAGUCUCCUGCUGCCAAAGUGAAGGAGGAGGAGGCUGCUCUUGCUGCCAAGUUCACAGAAGUCAAUGCCAUCAACAAACAGAGGCUGCAGAAUCUGGAGUUUGCACUGAAUCUCUUGAGACAGCAGCCAGAAGCAGAAGCGGCCCACGAAACCCUGCAGGGGAGCAAGCUGGGCUCUGGUGUGGACGAGGUGUGGAAGAUCAGGAAGGAACUGGAUGAGGAAAGUGAGCGGAGACAACAGCUGGAGAAUGAGGUCAAAAGCACCCAGGAGGAAAUCUGGACACUGCAGAAUCAGGGGCCUCAGGAGUCACUGGUGAUGAAGGAGGUACGGAAGAAGGUUCCAGACCCUGCUCUAGAGGAGAGCUUCCAGCAGCUACAGCAGACCCUGGCAGAGGAGCAGCACAAGAACCAGCUACUGCAGGAAGAGCUGGAGGCACUGCAGUUACAGCUGCGUGCCCUGGAGCAGGAGACCAGGGACGGUGGGCAGGAGUAUGUGGUCAAGGAGGUCCUGCGCAUCGCUCCUGACAGAACGCAGGCAGAUGAGGUCCUGCAGCUGCGGGAGGAACUGGAGACACUGAGGCGGCAGAAGUGUGCCCGGGAGGCAGAGGUGCUCCUCCUGCAGCAACGCGUGGCGGCCCUGGCUGAAGAAAAGAGCCAGGUGCAGGAGACCGUCACUGAGAAGGAAGUGGUAAAGUUGCAGAACGACCCCCAGCUGGAAGCAGAGUACCGGCAGCUGCAGGAGCAGCAGCAGCGGGAAAGCAUACUCCGGGAUAAGCAAGAGGAGGAGCUGAGCUUCCUGCAGGCCAAGCUCAGGAGGCUGGAGAAGGAGCGGGCUAUGGCUGAGGGUAAGAUCACUGUUAAGGAGGUGCUCAAGGUGGAGAAGGACACAGCCACUGAAAGAGAGGUUAGAGACCUUACCUGCCAGUAUGAGGAUGAAGCUGCCAAGGCCCGCGCCAACCAGCGGGAGAAGAUGGAGCUACUGCAAAAGAUAUGGGCCUUGGAGAACACCAAAGUGGUGGUGCAGGAGAAAGUUCGGGAGAUUGUGCGGCCAGACCCCAAGGCAGAGAGCGAAGUGGCCAACCUCCGUCUGGAGCUGGUAGAGCAGGAGCGGAAGUACAGGGGUGCCGAGGAGCAGCUCAAGAGCUACCAGAGCGAACUGGAGGCCCUCCGGAAGCGGGGCCCACAGGUGGAAGUCAAAGAGGUGACCAAAGAAGUCAUUAAGUACACAACUGACCCCGAGAUCGAGAAGGAGCUCCAGCGGCUCAGGGAGGAAAUUGUGGACAAGACCAGGCUGAUUGAAAGAUGUGAUCUAGAGAUCUACCAGCUGAAGCAAGAAAUCCAGUCCCUGAAAGAUGCCAAGCCACAGGUCCAGACCAGAGAGAUAGUACAGGAGAUCCUCCAGUUCCAUGAAGACCCGCAAACCAAAGAGGAGGUAGAGUCUCUGCGGGCAAAGCUGUCGGAAGAGCAGAAGAAGCAGGUGGACUUGGAGAGGGAGCGGGCAUCCCAGGAAGAGAAGAUCAAUUGCAAGGAGAAGGAGCUCUUGCAGGGGAAGGAGAGAGUAGUGCGCCAGGAGGUGGUGCAGUAUGAGGAAGAGCCUGGCUUACGGGCCGAGGUGAGCUCCUUCACCGACAGCAUUGAUGCAGAGCUGCGGCAGAUCGACAAGCUGCGUGCAGAACUGAGGCGGCUGCAGCGGAGGCGCGGGGAGCUGGAGAGGCAGCUGGAGGAGCUGGAGCGUGAGCGGCAGGCACGCAGAGCAGCUGAGCUGGAGGUGCAGCGUCUGCGGCAGCAGUUGGCUGCCCUGGAGCAUGAAGAGGCUGAGGCUGGUGAGAAGGUGACCCGAAAGCAGAAGGUGGUGCUGCAGCAGGACCCAAACCAGACCAGGGAGCACGCCCUGCUCCGAGCCCAGCUGGAGGAGGAGCAGCACCGGCGGCAACUGUUGGAGGGGGAGCUGGAGCCCUUGCGCAGGAAGCUGGCCACCCUGGAGAAGGCAGAGGUCAAGGAGAAGGUAGUCUUCUCAGAAAGCAUACAGGUAGAGAAGGGUGACACUGAGCAAGAGAUCCAGAAGCUCAAGAAGAGCCUGGAGGAGGAGACCCAGAGCAAGAGGGAGUUGGAUGCUGAGGUGACUAGGCUGGAAGCCAAACUAUCAGAGCUAGAAUUCUAUAACUCCAAAUCCUCCAAGGAACUGGACUUCCUAAGGGAAGAAAACCACAAAUUACAGCUGGAGCGGCAAAACCUGCAGCUGGAGACCCGGAGGCUUCAAUCCGAAAUUGAAAUGGCAGCAACAGAAACACGAGACCUGCAGAACACAACCACCACAGACUCUGGGGCUAACCUCGACUCCAGACUGUGGUCUCUGGAGAGAGAACUAGAUGAUCUCAAGAGGCUGUCCAGGGAUAAAGACCUUGAGAUCGAUGAGCUGCAGAAGCGCCUGGGCUCCGUGGCCAUCAAGAGAGAGCAAAGGGAGAAUCACCUUCGGCGCUCCAUUGUGGUCAUUGACCCUGACACAGGCCGUGAGCUGUCCCCAGAGGAGGCCCACCGGGCUGGGCUCAUCGACUGGAACAUGUUCGUGAAACUCAGAAGCCAAGAGUGCGACUGGGAGGAGAUAUCUGUGAAGGGUCCCAAUGGGGAGUCCUCGGUGAUACAUGACAGGAAGUCUGGCAAGAAGUUCUCUAUCGAGGAAGCCCUGCAGAAUGGCAGACUCACCCCUGCUCAGUAUGACUGCUACGUCAACAAGGAUAUGUCCAUUCAGGAGCUGGCUGUCUUGGUAUCUGGGCAGAAAUAGGCCCAGCCUUUCUACCCAUCCCUUCUUAGAAGUAGAUGGCUGGCUUGCUCCUACCCAGCAACCUCCUGGGUAUCUUUUUCUCCCUGGCCCUUGUGUAGGCUCCUAGUCUGUGCUGUUUUAUCCAUGCCCUCUGUAUCAGACUGCUCAGAUUACAGCUCUUGUGUGAGUGGGAGGGGCACUGGUUGAAAACAGGGAACUCUUCUCUUGGCCACCUUUCAACCUGGGUGAGUGACCCACUCAACCGCCAAUGAUUUGACAACCACGAUACCCUUGUCUCCCUUUCCUGUACACUCCCAUCAAGACUCAUCUGAUGCCUGGAAAUAAUCUGAAAACUACUCAAGCACAAGAGGACCAUGGCAUAUAUGCCCACUCAGGGCCUACCAGAUGGUAAACUAUAAGCCAGAAGGCCUCCUUUCCACUCACAUCUCACCAAGGAGGGGGCUAUAGGGGCUGUCAACCUGUGUUCACAACCUUCCAGCUUUUCUACCUGGUAACCAACUUUCCAUCGGAAAGCCCUCUUCAGUAGUAACUGCCUGAAACAGAACCGGAGUGACUGUACACACACGGCACACAGAACCCAGAACAAUGCCUGGUUGGUGCUAGAGUGGCUGUUACCUGUUGGCCAACCUGUCCCAGGAAGCUAUGCUGCACAGAACUGUUUCCUGGUUCUGAGAUUAACUGAUCUUUGUAGUGGAUGUUGCUAUUAGCCUUAGUUUCAGUGCCUUACACAUCUUAUCAUCUCACUGGUAUUUAGGUAUACAAAACAGUUGAUUAUUCAAAAAUGCAUUUCUGGUUUUCUGUAUCUCAUGUAUUAUAUAAGAAAGUAGUAAGUAAUAGGGAAUUUUAUUUAUAGCAUGAAAAUAAAAACCUGGUGGCUUGAUUCUAAUUUCA